AUGUCAAUAGUAAUGAUUUUUGGAGCAUUAAUUGGCGGAAUGACAACAGAAGGUGGCGGAGCUGUCGCAUUUCCAGUGAUGACAUUAGCACUUAAUAUAAAUCCCAUUGUGGCUCGUGAUUUUUCAUUUAUGAUACAAUCAUGCGGCUUAACUGCUGCUUCAUUUACUAUCAUUUUUAAUGGAAUAUUGGUUGAAUGGCAUUCAAUAUUAUUUUCAACAAUUGGUGCUAUUUUUGGAGUUAUCUUUGGACUUGAGAUUGUUGAUCCAUUGAUGGCACCAGCAGAAAAGAAAAUGACAUUUGUUUCGGUGUUUUUUUCAUUUGCAAUUGCAUUAUUUAUUUUAAAUUCUGAAAAAAAGCGAAAAACAUUUAAUAAAAUUUAUCAAUUUACAUUAUCAAAAGCAUUUAUCCUAAUUAUCAAUGGAUUUGUUGGAGGUAUUUUCACCGGUAUCGCUGGCUCUGGCAUUGAUGUUUAUUCCUUUUCAAUACUUACAUUAUUUUUUCGAAUAAGCGAAAAAGUUGCAACACCAACAUCGGUGGUACUAAUGGCAAUAAAUAGUAUGGUUGGCUUUUUCUGGCGACAAUUUAUGCAAAAUGAAAUUCAACAGGAAUCGUGGGAAUAUUUGUCGGUAUGCUUACCUGUUGUUGUAAUUUUUGCACCAAUUGGUAGUUUUCUUGCAUCAUAUCUUCAUCGACUUACACAAGCAUCAUUUAUUUACAUAUUAGAAACAAUUGCUUUGAUCAGUGCUUUGAUAAUAAUUAAGCCUAAUUGGACAUUACUCAUUUUUACAUUUUGUCUUAUCAGUGGUUCAUUGAUAUUUUAUAUGAUAAUGGCUCGAUGCGGGCAAAAAUUAAUGUUACAAAAGAUGAAAGCUUCCGAAAUGAAAAUGAAGACAAAUGAUAGCGCUAUUGUUAUUGAUCAUUGA